GGCGUCGGAAGAACAUGUGCGACAGCGGUUGUCCGCAAACGGCGUAGCUCACGUGCGUAGUGAUAAAGACGGCGAGCCCGAGACCUAUUGGGAAGGAAUAAAAAAAGAAAUCCAGUAUCGUCGCUCUCCGUAAUCCUACCCUGUUCCACUUGGAAGUCCAACCCGGAAUUUAACGUCGGCCUGGGCUAGGAUUUUGUCCGAGGUAGUACCUCGCGAAAGCUGAAGACGUUUUUGGGGCAAGUAGACGGCUUGCCACUAGACAUUCUAUAAGGCUCGGCUACGGCGAGGGAGCCGCCAUGGCAGUCGGUUCACUGAGGCUCCACAUCGGAAUAUGAAGAGGAACUGGACGGGCCACAAAACGCCGCAUUUAGCCUUCGUGCUAACAUUAGCCUCUUUCUAAAACCCACCCUGGAUCUGGAGAGAUUUCUUUUUUAAACGCACAACCAAGGAGGCCCAAUUCAUGACUAUUUUAGUAGAAGACAUCUCUUCCUAAAGGGCCCCCUUGAAAUAUUCCAAACGGGGGAUAAUGCACACAUUUGGACCGAAAGGAUUGGUUUAUUAGGCGAGCGUGUCCACUUGUGCAACAUAUUUGCUGUCACCCCUUGUUUUCUUUUAAUUUUUUGGAUGAAAAGCUCCAGAGAUCCCAUAAGUGGCUAAAGCAAGUCGUGCGAGAACCAGCAAAGAGCUCUUUGAUCAUGUCGGGUCGGCCAAGAACCACUUCAUUCGCGGAGAGCUGCAAGCCGGUGCCGCAGCCGUCCGCUUUCGGCAGCAUGAAAGUCAGCAGGGAUAAAGAUGGCAGUAAGGUAACAACAGUAAUGGCCACUCCAGGCCAAGGCCCUGACCGGCCACAGGAAGUGAGUUACACUGACACGAAGGUGAUCGGCAACGGCUCGUUCGGCGUCGUGUAUCAGGCCAAGCUGUGCGACUCCGGAGAGCUGGUGGCUAUCAAGAAGGUGCUGCAGGACAAGAGGUUUAAGAACCGCGAGCUGCAAAUUAUGAGAAAAUUGGACCACUGUAACAUCGUACGUCUGCGCUACUUCUUCUAUUCCAGUGGAGACAAGAAAGAUGAAGUGUACCUGAAUCUGGUCUUGGAUUACGUUCCUGAGACAGUCUACAGAGUGGCCAGACAUUACAGCCGAGCCAAGCAGACGCUGCCCAUGGUCUAUGUCAAGCUGUACAUGUACCAACUAUUCCGAAGUCUGGCCUAUAUCCAUUCAUUCGGUAUCUGCCAUCGGGAUAUCAAGCCUCAAAACCUGCUACUGGAUCCCGAGACAGCCGUGCUGAAACUCUGCGACUUUGGCAGCGCCAAGCAGCUUGUACGUGGCGAGCCAAACGUAUCCUACAUCUGCUCUCGCUAUUAUCGAGCCCCGGAGCUCAUAUUCGGAGCCACUGACUACACCUCCAGUAUAGAUGUGUGGUCAGCAGGGUGCGUGCUAGCCGAGCUGUUGCUAGGUCAACCGAUCUUCCCCGGCGACAGCGGAGUGGAUCAACUGGUGGAAAUUAUCAAGGUUUUGGGGACACCAACGCGGGAGCAGAUCCGCGAGAUGAACCCCAACUACACAGAGUUCAAAUUCCCCCAGAUUAAGGCCCAUCCAUGGACUAAGGUGAGUCAACAGACCUCUGUGUGUGCGACUGGUGUGCAGGUGUUUCGGCCGCGUACGCCGCCCGAGGCAAUUGCCCUGUGCUCGCGGCUGCUGGAGUACACGCCCACUGCGCGCCUCACGCCUCUGGAGGCCUGCGCGCACUCCUUCUUCGACGAGCUGCGCGACCCCAACGUCAAGCUGCCCAACGGCCGCGAGAAGCCUUCCCUCUUCAAUUUCACUACACAAGAGCUGUCCAGCAAUCCGUCUCUGGCCUCCAUUCUCAUCCCGGCCCACGCUCGCAGUCAGGCCGCCGCUUCCACCCCGACCAACGCCUCCGCCACCACAGACGGUAGCAGCACAGAUCGAGUCCCCAGCACCACCAGCGCCUCUGCUUCCGCCUCCAACUCAGCUUCCUGAGCACAGCCUUCCGCCCGCCCUCCGCCCGUUGUUGUCCUCCGGCCAGCCGCAAAAAUCUGCCUUUCCCACAAAGCCGUUUCACAGACAGGUGUGUGAACUCCACAUCAACGUACACGCGAAGCUCGUCCGCUAAUGUUUUCAUGGACGAUUGUAUGCAUUAAAAAGCAACCAAUGUCCAGCAUCCUCACCACCCUGAUUCCUUUCCUCCUAUUAUAAUGCAUGGCCUGAACGGUUAGGGGGUACCGGAGUCGGGUGGGGUGCAGUUAAAGGCAUGAGGCUCGUGCUAGCAUACACAAACACACAAAAACACAUACACAGUUGCAUGUGCAAAGAAGCAAUUCCAGACGGGAAUUUGUUUUAUUUUAAAAAUGCUUAGCAAGCCGGUUUACUCAAAUUUUAUUUUAAAAUAUUUUUCUACCCCACUCGGGCAAUUUUAUUUUAUUUUUUUGUGUCGGAUGUGACAUGUUUAUCUGGUCCUGUGUGCUUGUAUAAUAUAUACAUACAAAAAAAAAAAAAAAACGCAUUACAUACAGUUUAUAUAUUACUUUACUUAUGUAUAAAAAGUAUAUAUAGAUAUAUGUAUAUUAACUACCACGGUUCUGAAGUCUGUUCAUGGGUGAGUUCAUAUCAGUCUCAGGCAGUAGCAAUAUUUGCUGCUGACAAACAAUAGGAACAUUUUUUUGUUGGAAUUUUCCGUUUGUCAUCUUCAUCACGGAACGUUUUUCCAUUCGUAUAUAGCCAAAUAUAUAUAUAUAAAAAUCACUGUCAUAAAAAAUGUAACCUGAAAGGGUGAGUCAUUUUUGUACUCAUUGGCUGCCAUUGACGGUGAUAGACGUCCAAUUCAUCUGGACUAAGGACGUCUAUCGCUGCUAAUGGCACUGGAGCGUCUCUGUGAAUGUCAAUGAGUUAAAAUAAAAAAACGACUCACUACACAUAAAAAAAGCUAAAAUUGUACAUACAGUAUAGCUGCUCCUCACCAAAAGUCAUUUUUACAUGAUUUCUUUUUUGUUCUGUAAAUAAAUACGCAGACCCAUGUACUGUUUAAAAAGAAAAAAAAAAGUCAGAAUCAGGGCAAAUGUUGAGCGCUUGAUGGAUAUUUUCGACGAUUAUCCAGCCAUAUGUCCAAUGAUGACCUGUACAGUACAGUAGUUCUUGUAAUGACAACUCGUCAUGUAUAGUGUAAGUAUAGUUUGGAGUGCCUUUGCUUUCAUACACCUUCGCCUUGUCGCCACCCCUUCUGUAAUCGUGACUCCUCCCCUUUUCCCUUUGGUGCUGUUGAAUGUCCCCGACCCCCCCCCCCCCCACACACUUAAUUGUAAUAUAAAGAUUGUUCAUUGACUGUUAAUAGUAAUGAUAGUUUCCUUUUAAUGUUUAUUUGACGAGGCACGGCAGCAGUCCUCAUGAACCUCAGAUGACUGUAUAUAUUGUAAAAUGCAGUAUUACAAAGGAGUAUUAGGGCCACAUGGGAAAUGAAUGUGAAAACAGUUGUGAAAUUGCAAGAAAUUUUCAUAAUUGUAUUUGGGUAUUGUAGAACAGAAGCAUACUACUGACAACAAGAAAGUUCAGUAUCAAAUUACAAAAUUUUAAUAAUGUGUUUAAAACAAAAACAAACACAUUUUUAACCCUCUAUAUAUCAUUUUUAAUCACAGUUUGGUUUCCAAGCAAAGCGGAAACUUUGUCACAGUUUGCACAGUUCUUCGUAGAACUGAUUAUACUGCCGGACUUGUAAACAUAGAGGCGAGUUUAUUUGAAAAAAAAAAACAAACAAACUAGAUAUUCAAGAAGUUGAAGGUCAACUGCAACAUUAAACAGUCAUAACAAAGAAAAUUACACAUGCUGAGGAUUAAAAUGCAAAACUUUCCCGAACGCGGCCACUAGCUUAAUGCUAAUAUACAAUGGAAUACGCCAUUCAAGUGCUAACCAAGAUUAGCGUUGGAGGCAUAUGCUCAAAAAAAUAAUUUAAGAAAUAAUACAAUUUAAUUGUAAUAUUACUGACUAUAUAAACUUCAUUUUGAUAUAUUUACAAGUGUUUAUGUGCAAUAUAUUUCAUUACCACUUCAGUCUCACAAUAGCGCAAAUUUAUUUUCUAUUAGAGUGAUCCACGGAUAGAAAGACAUGUAGUUCUUAAAAGAUAAAUUUUAGUACAAGUAAUAAUAAUUUGAUAUUAAAACCCUUGUUAAUGUUUUCGUUUCAAUAAUAUAUGUAGAAUUAUUUUAACUAGUAGGUCGCUAUUGUUGUUGACGUCGCUGGGCGGUGACAUCACAGGGCCACGCUGCCGUACUUCACAGUGUCACGCAAAAAAAAAGUGUCACUCUUUAAUUAUGUAAGGUAGUGAUUUAAAUACGCCACAAGGUGUCAUUGGCGAGUUUUACAUUAAUUAGGGAUCAAGCCAAUGAGUGCGUUUUGUCCCUUGACUGACGCCAUAGUUUUCCUUUAAUGCACAAUGGGGUGUAAGGCAGAGAGAAAUAUUUGUAUAAGCUUCAGCAACUCCUUCCCAACGGAAAUAAUUAUCAUAUAGUGAAAAUACAACAAAAAUAAUAUUCAUCUCUCUCAAAAAAUAAUGUUCACAAAAAGAAAAGUACUACAGUCUGUAUUAAUGAGGCCCUAUUCUCACACAGUUAAACAACAAUGCAAAGAGAACUGGCAUUCACAAAUUCACAAUCAAAAUAUAUAUGCAUAAUACCCAUAAAACUUACUCAGAGAUCGGUCAAAUUCUAUUUAAACGGUUUAGCAACUCGUUUAGCUCAACAAAUGCACUGGAUGGCAAUAUUUAGUCACAAUACACAAACUAUUAUGCUGGGAGCCAUUAUUAGAAGUCUUGUUUGUUGUGACUGACUUUACUACGGUGUCAGUCGAGGGACAAAACACACUCUUUGUCUUGAACUCUUUAUUAAUUUAAAACUCGCCAGUGAGACCUUCUGGUGUAUUUAAUCACUACCUUGUGGUGUAUUUAAUCACUAGCUAGUAUGGCAGAGUGGCCAUGUGACGUCACCACCGUGCAACGUCAACAACAAUGGCGAGCUACUCGUUUAUUUUAUUUUUUGUUUAAAAUUUUACAAAUUUUAUUAAAAUGAAAACAUUAAGAGGGGUUGUAAUAUCAAAUUAUUAUAACUCAUACUAACAUUUAUCUUUUAGGAACUACAUGUCUUUCUAUCUAAGGUACCCUUUAACUCGUUGGCUGCCAUUGACUACGUCCACUGAACAGACAUUCAUUCGAACAUGAACAAAAAUUCAUUUGUUGCCACCCUCCUACUUCAAAAUAUUUGGACGUCUACUAGUGAUAAACUAACUUCAAUUUACAACAGAAGGAUGAUUGGACGCCUCAAGAUUGGACAUCUAGCACCAUCAAUGCCAGCCAAUGAGUUAAUUUUGAUUAAUAUCCUCAUAACAUGAAAAAAAUGUUAGUUGUUUCUUAUUUGUGACCCUAAUAUUCCUUUUUUGGUUGUCGCAGAAAGUAACGUUGAAUAUUUCACAAAAGUUAGUCCAGUAUUCGGUAGCACCUAAGGGUUCGAGUCAUGUGACCUCCCUCCCACUUCCUGCUUGCUGUAAUUUUGCAUCCACGAAAACCCGCCCACUUCCACAAAAACACAAAGAUUGCCAAAAAAAAAAAAAUUAAGUGGAGAUGCUCGUGUACUUUGAUAGCAAAGCACAAUGUGCUAAUCGGGUUUAAGAAAAGAGAAUUGUUUGAAGACUCAAAAAAAAAAAAUAAUAAAACCACCAAAAAAAAAAAAAUUCCCGUAUAACAGUACUACUACUUGAAUGACUCUGUGACUGAACAUUUUUAUUUUGUUAUCCUUUGUUCUGUGAAGUUAUGCUAAAUGUGCGUCUCUGUAAAUAUUCCCUCUGCGUGCUCUGAGGAAUAGUUACCUCCCUGGUACUGUAAUUUGCAUUAAAUAAAGAGUAGGAUAGCUUGGAAAUGAACACAA